AUCCUAAAAUCUGUUGUACGUUGUACGGCCCCAGAAACUAGCCUCUAUUUUCCUGUUUGUUCUACAAAUUUCCUCUAUUUUCCUUUUAUCAGCAGCUGUACUUGUCAUAAUUGUUGAUUUUAUUUAUCGUAGUUCGACAACUGGUUUCUGUCGUCCUCCCUUACUAUAAAUUUGGAUCGUCUCAAUCAAAUUUUAGGAUAGACAAUAUCUGAUUUUUGUGACGGGUUGUCUGACAACUUACGCGGCGUGUAUGAAUCAUUUUAGUUCCUAAUGGUGUGAUGGUCCUGAAUCUUUCCUCGUUACAUCACCAUCCUCAUAAAAAUGACGUCCUGUAAAAAUUUACAAUGUCUCUGGAGACUUGUUAUUCUCUUUGCUCUCUUUGACAAUGUGCUGUCUGAGGGAAAUGGGAAAUGGACAUACGAGUUAAGCAAUGAUAACGAAUUUGUGACAGUUUCUAAAAGUCUUUACAGAGGUUCACAAAUCUUCAUAGUUGUGUCAUGUGAUAAUCCUGAACUCAAUGUUACUGUUCAGUGGACAUUGACUCAAUUUCCAUGCUGGCAAGACUUUGCCUCGGUUCCAGAUGGGUUGUAUCAACUCCCAACAGGAUUGUCAAACUAUACUCUGAGCAGUCCGGCCACCCAACAUCAAUGUAUUGACCAUGUUAUUCUGAUGGGUCUAAAUGUGCCUACAACUACUCCUCUACCUGACAAGGUUGCUGUGACUCCUGAAGAAACUGGUGCAAAACAAAGCGUUAAGGACACAAUCAACCCUCAUAAGCUUAAUAAUCCAACUCCAAUUCAUACCAUUGAAAAAGAUGGACUUUACUCACUAGUUUUUCACAUUUAUCCAACAGACGGAAAGGGAAUGUUCAAAGCACCUAUCACAAUUGAAAUGCAGAGUCAUUAUGGAUAUCUGUCUGCUACAGCUUGGCCUUUGCUGCCUUUUUAUGGUAUAAUGUGUCUUUUGUAUGUCUUAUUUGGUCUAGGCUGGCUCACGGUGUCUUUUUGCCAAUGGAGAGAUCUUUUGAGAAUUCAGUUUUGGAUUGGUGGAGUGAUAUUACUUGGCAUGCUGGAGAAAGCUGUCUUUUAUGCUGAAUAUCAAAGCAUCAAUUCAAGAGGGACUUCUGUUCAAGGAGCUGUUCUUUUUGCUGAACUUGUGUCAUGUGCCAAAAGAACCCUUGCUCGCAUGUUAGUAAUAAUUGUAAGCCUUGGCUUUGGAAUUGUUAAGCCAAGACUGGGAGCUAUGCUUCAUAGAGUUGUGAGCUCUGGAAUUUUGUAUUUUGUUCUUGCUUCUGUUGAGAGUUAUAAGCGAAUCAUGGGUACAAAUGUGAAAAGCUAUGAUCUCCUCAUGGCAAGUGUUCCACUUGCUCUUCUUGACUCUGCAUUUUGUUGGUGGAUUUUCUCCAACCUAGUUCAAACUAUGAGAACUCUUCGACUCCGCAGAAAUCUGGUGAAGCUUUCAUUAUAUCGUCACUUCAGUAAUGCACUUUACUUCUCGGUUCUUGCAUCCUGCUGCUUUAUGUUGUAUUCCAUUAGAUUUCAUCAUCUCAAUAAUUGUCUCUCGGAUUGGAAGGAGUUAUGGGUUGAUGAAGCGUACUGGCACAUCCUCUUUUCUCUUAUUCUUCUGGUAAUUAUGAUACUUUGGAGACCAACAAACAACAACCAAAGAUAUGCCUUUACCCCACUGCUUGAUAAUCCUGAAGAUGAAGAUGAUGAGGAAGAGCAAUUUGUAAGCGAUGCUUUUGGAUUAAAAAUGCGUGGGAGCAACACUUCCACUUCCCCCAAACUUAAGUCAAGCACCACAGAGGAGGAAGAUUUAAAGUGGGUUGAGGACAAUAUUCCAGCAUAUCUUAGUGAUUCUGCUUUACCUAUUUUGGAUUCUGAUGAGGAGGCAGCAAAUACAAAAUUCGAGGUGUCAAAGAUGCAGUAAUUUGGUAUGGUCAACUGUGCUCUUGGUUAUGCCAUUAUUGCUUUUGAGUCAUUUCAAGGCUAUGUGUAAGUUUCUGGCUGUGUUGUAGUGAACCUUCAAAAGCAUUCUCAUGCUUAACCUAUUUUCGGUAAUCAUAAUUUAAGUAAGGAGACUGGAUUUGAUUUUAGAUUAGUCAUUUAAGACGUUUAUCAGACCAGGCCAAUAAAGGGCUGAAAUCAAUCCAAUCCUUUGCAUAAUCUAAAUAAUUACAAAAGUAAUUUCUGAAACAUCCUUCCAUUUGUAUUCUUGCACAAUUGUAAAUGUAGUCUGUUUGUUGAAAAAUGUGUAUAAACUUUAAGAAAUUUUCUCUUUUGAUAUGAUAAGGAUUGAAAAUGAUUUGAGUGUGAGUGGAAAGUUGUAUGUGAAUAGUUUCUGUAUUAUAUUAGCUUUGUGAGUCAGGUGUGUGAAUGUAUUACUAAAAUUUCUUAUCUGUUUAACUGUUAAGUGAAAAAGUGAAACUCCAUAAUUUGGUAAUCUUUGAAAACUUGAUAACACUGUUUGCAACACUAGCUCUUUGUGGAUUUGAUUGACAUUAUUACCUCAUAGGUACCAAAAUACAUUACAUCUUACUGAAUCUUUCAUUGCAUAUCAUUUUAUCUGCCACAAACUCAUUAUCUUUUAGUAAAUUUUCAUUUAAUCGUACUGAAUUUUAUGUUUUGAAGUUUUAAGGCUCUAGUACUUAGAAGUGUGCCAAGUAACAUAAUAGGUAUGUUUGGUCUUUCAAAGUUUAUUUCAAAGCAUAGUAUUUCAUAUUGCAAUUCAGCUUAGAAAUGUAAAAACAUUAGAGAGCUUAUCUCUGGCCUAACUGUUUCUAAAUACUUGUUUUGAAUUGGGGACAAAGUGGAUUAUAUUGAAUACGGGAUACCGUUAAUCUGUAUAAAAUCAUUUCAUACUUUCAUAGAAAUAUAAAAGGUAUUUUUAACCGAAGCCCUGAGCUUUAGGCUGAUCUAGUCCGUAUGGUGCCAGCUUAAUUGCAUUUGCCCUUCCUCUGUGAUUUUUAUUUGCAUUAUACUUUAGUUUUUGUUUGACUUAAACUGCAUUUGUAAUGAUUCUCUUUUUAAAUUAUUAAGCUAUUUAUGUAUGUACAAAGUUUUGUAUAUUACACAUUAGAGAAAAUUGUA